AUAUACAGUUGUAAACGAAUUCGCUGAUAGUAUCAAUUAAAAUGAAGCCGUUUACACUUCUUUUGCUUUUCUCGAUUUCGCUGUUUAUUCAGUUAAUAAAUGCAGAUGGCGAUAUGACAUUCCAAUCAUUAGUGGAGAAACUUGAAGAAAACGCGAAAGCAACAAAACAAAAACUAAAACACGAUUUGUGUUUUUUGCAACACAUUUCUCCCAGUACCUAUAAACUUUGGCUGUCAUUCACUCAAGCGCCGCCAAAAUUUUUGGCCUUUGACAUAAUGGAAAAUAUGUUGAAAAAAGUACCACUAGAUAUGAUUACUGAUGGACAAUCUACACGUGACUUUUUGCGAAAUCACAUUACUGGCGCUAUUGAGCAACAAACAGCCGAAAUCGGUGAUUUAUAUCAGCAAAUUUGUGCAGCACAUAGAUAUUCAUUGUCUGAUGCAAAAAAACCACAAUUUGCUCAUUAUUAUUGGGCUUGGUAUCAAAAGGUGGCCGACAAAAAGGAUAUGAAACGAAUUAUAAAAGGAAUGAAUCUGAUGAUAUCGGAUCACUAUCAACUUCUUCAACAAUUAAAUGGAAAAAUGGAAAGAUUAGAAAUAUUUAGAAGUCUGGCAAAAACUUGCAGUGCUUUAGUUAAGUAUUAUUCAAGGAAAAUGAUUUCGUUGAAGGAACUUGAUUUAAUUGUAGAAUAUAGUCAAGAUAUUGUAUAUGCUGUACGCAAGACAUUAUCCGUUCAACCUAAGUUAAUACAAAAGCUUCAAGACGUGAAAAAGAUUCUAAUGAAUUAUAAUAAAAGACGCACAAGAUGGGCAGAAUUUAUUAUUGACAUGAGACAAAGUCCGAUUGCUCAUCAAGGUGAACCAUCGAUGGAAGAGGUGAAUUUUGAAAAUUGCUGCUGUGUAGUUUAAAAAUGUAGAAAUUAAUUACCUUUAGAUUGGUCAAUCAGUUGGUAAUUCAAACCACUAAAUAGGUAAAAAAACUGUUGUUUAUAAACCACACACAGUGUCUUGUAAGAAUAGUAUUAAAUCGCAUAUGAAAUUCCAUAAAAAAUCGUUGAUAUCGUCAUUUUGUUAUUUAACUAAAAUUAACUAUUCAGAUGUAUCUCUUAUAACUUUAAAAGUCUCUAAUAGUUUUAGUCAAUACUAUUAAUAAGACGAAUGGCAGCAUGUACUCAUCCGAUAUACAGAGACAAGUAAAAAAAGAAUAAACUCGAGUAGAAAACA